CUCCCUCCUCCUGCUCCUUUCUCAUUUCCAAACCAACCCAACAAACGCUCGAGCAACCCACCGGCCACCGCGCUGACCCAAACGCUCGUCGAGGGAUCGGACCCCUGUUCUCCCGGGUGCCCUUCUGUUUCAAUCAAGAAGCAAAAGGAGGAAGGUAUGGGGGCGCCGGAGAACUGGUGGUCGACGUGGAGGGGGCUGGCCGUCGCCGUCACGGCGGCGUGCCUGCUCCUGCACGUGGCGGCGCGGGUGACGGACGCGCUGUGGUGGCGGCCGCGGCGGCUGGAGGCGCACUUCGCGCGGCAGGGCGUGCGCGGCCCGCCGUACCGCUUCCUCGUCGGCUGCGUCCGGGAGAUGGUGGCACUCAUGGCGGAGGCCACCGCCAAGCCCAUGUCGCCGGCCACCUCCCACAACGCGCUGCCCCGGGUGCUCGCCUUCUACCACUACUGGAGGAAGAUCUACGGGCCGACGUUCUUGAUAUGGUUCGGGCCGACGCCGCGGCUCACGGUGGCGGACCCCGAGCUCGUCCGCGAGAUCUUCCUCACGCGCGCGGAGGCGUUCGACCGCUACGAGGCGCACCCCAUCGUCCGGCAGCUCGAGGGAGACGGGCUCGUCAGCCUGCACGGCGACAAGUGGGCCCUCCACCGCCGCGUUCUCGCCCCCGCCUUCUACCCCGACAACCUCAACCGGCUGGUGCCGCACGUCGGCAGGUCAGUGGCGGCGCUGGCGGAGAGGUGGCGGGCGAUGGCGUGCGCGAGCGGCGGCGAGGUGGAGGUGGACGUGGCGGAGUGGUUCCAGGCGGUGGCCGAGGAGGCCAUCACGCGCGCCACGUUCGGGCGCAGCUACGCCUCCGGCCGCGUGGUGUUCCGCAUGCAGGGCCGCCUCAUGGCCUUCGCCUCCGAGGCCUUCCGCAAGGUGCUCGUCCCGGGCUACCGGUUCUUGCCGACCAAGAAGAACCGGAUGUCGUGGGGCCUGGACAGGGAGAUCAGGCGGGGCCUAGUCCAGCUCAUCGGCCGGCGCAGCGACGCCGCCGAGGACCACGAGGCGGAGAUCAAGGAGAAGGGCAACAGCGGCGGCUUCAGGGACCUGCUGGGGCUGAUGAUAAAUGCCCGCGACAAGAAGUCGCAGGCCAUGCCGGUGGAGGACAUGGUGGAGGAGUGCAAGACGUUCUUCUUCGCCGGCAAGCAGACGACCACCAACCUGCUGACCUGGGCCACGGUGCUCCUCGCCAUGCACCCGGAGUGGCAGGACCGCGCCCGGCAGGAGGUCCUCGCCGUGUGCGGCCUCGGCGAGCUCCCCGCCAAGGAGCACCUGCACAAGCUGAAAACGCUGGGGAUGAUCCUGAACGAGACGCUGAGGCUGUACCCACCGGCCGUGGCCACCAUCCGCAGGGCCAAGGUGGACGUCACCCUCGGCGACCUGGCGAUCCCGCGCGACACGGAGCUGCUGAUCCCGAUCAUGGCGAUCCACCACGACGCCAGGUUCUGGGGGCCCGACGCGGCGCAGUUCAACCCCGGCCGGUUCGCCGGCGGCGCGGCCCGGGCGGCGACGCACCCGCUGGCGUUCAUCCCGUUCGGGCUCGGGUCCCGGAUGUGCGUCGGCCAGAACCUCGCCCUGCUCGAGGCCAAGCUCACCGUGGCCGUCCUGCUCCAGCGCUUCGAGCUGAGGCCGUCGCCCAAGUACGUGCACGCGCCGACGGUGCUGAUGCUGCUCCACCCGCAGUACGGCGCGCCCGUGAUCUUCCGCCCCCUGUCGUCGCCCCCGCCGUCCGCGUCGGUCCACGCUAGCGACGAGCUCUCUCUCUCUCUCUCUAGGCCUCUAGCCUCACUCUAGGAAUUGACAGAAAUGACCCCGCCGUGCCGUGUGUACAUAUGCCUAAUGGCACGGAACCGCUAACGGAAAGCAGCUUCGCCAUGGAUGGCCCUCGCUAACUGACUACUAGUACUAGUAGUAGAGUAGAUCAUCAGAGCAGAGCAGAGCAGGACCUUUAGGAUUUGAUGGCACAGGACAGGGGAAGGCCGGGCCCGCGCUCCCCUGCCCGGUCGCUUCCAUUUGUUCUCUUCUCCUUCCACGGAUUCUGGCCGCGUUUGUGUCUAGUACGUACAUUACAGCUGUGUGUUUA